AUGUGGUGUACGGGGAGCCCGCUUAGAUCGUUUAUUACUCCAAGGUACAUUACUAAUGCUGGUUUUAACCUUCGGACUACGGUCGCGGAGAUUAUUGAUCAAAAUGGGAACUGGAAAUGGCCUCAAGCGUGGUUUGAUUUAUUUCCGGUUUUAAUCACUAUCUCGGUUCCCAAUUUAGAUCCUAAUGCAGUGGACCGGCUUGUUUGGAAAGAUUUGGAUGGAAAAACAGGUGAUUUUAAAUCGGCUCAUGUUUGGAACACCAUUCGGAGUAGAGAGCAUCAUGCUUUGUGGGCAAACAUGGUUUGGUUUUCUCAAUGUAUCCCGAGGCACGCGUUUCAUAUGUGGCUGGCUUUCAGAAAUAAGUUAAAGACACAGGAUAGGAUGGCAGUUUGGGAAGCAGUGUGGAAUAAAGUGAAGGCGAUGGUACACUUGACGAAUGUGGACAUUACUUGGUCAUCAAUUCUAACAUGGGUGGAGCAACACUCAAGAUCAAAGAAUGUUGAUCACAUUGUGUGUAAGUUGGUAAUAGCAGCUGCUUCGUACUACAUUUGGCAAGAAAGGAAUAACAGGUUAUUCACUAAUAAUAAGAGGUCGGUAGAUCAAGUUACCGAGAAGGUUAAAGGCUCGGUUCGGUUGAGGUUGAUGGGAUUCAGAUUCCGUGUGAGCUCGGCUAGGGAAAGGAUCUUCAAGACCUGGCAGAUUGAAAAUUGCAACUAUGAUUUAGUGGAUCCGGGCUAG